UUUUCAUGCAGCUGGAUGAGGAUGCAAGAACCGCCGUCCACUAAUCUUCCUGAAUUCCUCAAUUCUCUGGAGGACUUCGUGCCCACCAUCCCAGACGAGUUCACAGAACAAUCUUUGGAGCGAUGUGGAGUUGAUUGCAAUGACAAAAGGAUAGUGCGGCUGGUGUCGUUAGCGGCACAAAGAUUCGUGGCGUCUGCGCUGCACGAUGCUAAGCAGGUUUACAGCCGGCGGCAGAAGCAGACUCCAGCGCGGCUGAAGGAGGCAGGCUAUGAUGUCAAGGACAGGCGACCUGUGCUGCUGACAGAGGAUCUGGCUGAAGCCAUGCUUGAGUAUGGACUCACCUUGAAGCGACCACCAUACUAUGCUGAUGCCUCCAGCAGUCAAUUGCCGGGGAAGUGACUCAAAGGGAGCAGUGCAAUGUGUGCUGGGAAUGGAGGCAGCCCUCUGGGGUGCCAGUCCUAACAGGAUUGGCGCAUGUCUGGCCUUUGCAAAUGACUGCUACACAAUUCCAGGAGAGUGCAUUUGGAGUGUUCCUGAUCAACAUUAAUUAAUCUCUCCAGGAGUGAUCCGGGCUUUACUCUUGUGUGGUAUUGCUGACUAAUAGCAGGAUGGUGGCUGCAUAGCAUAUGCAUGCAUGCAUGCAUGCAUGCUGGCAGCGCCGCUUGCUAAGUAUGGUCUGUAUCUUCAUAGAGGCGCCAAUUGGCUGAAGACAUAUAUAUGGUAUUGAGCGCAUGUAUCCUGGGUCAUCUGGGCCCAGGAUCAUGAUGAUCACCACAACACAUGCGGUUGCUACGAGGCAUGCACACUGCCAACACACCAACUACCUUGCAUUUGUUCCUGAUGUAAAAAUAGAUCUAGAUCGGCAAAACAAUGUCAAUUCUUUACGCUAAUCCUAACAGCACUGUGAAUAUCUGAACCUGCUACAGCUGUCUCGUGUUAAUCCCGAUAUCAGGACAGUAAAAUAGUUACUGACUGUACACUGCCAUCUUUGAAAGGGCUUUAGAUAUACAGGAUGGUCUGUCUAGAAUGCAGACUGGUCGGCAAGCUUGAGUGCAUGGCCCGCCCACCCCUCAUAGAAUUCAGCAAGGUUGGGGGUCCGUAAAGAAUAGCAGUGUGAAGGUCCACAAAUUCGAAUUCACACUCUCCUCAGCUGCGGCUUCUUCACAUGCAGCUUCCUUUCAGGCAGCCAUUAUUCCGAACCCAAGCGCCACAUCAUGAUCAGAGGUCCCCAAAGACUCCCCCAGAUGCCCCCCUAAAUGCUGCCUGCCCUGAGUCAUCCUCCUCUGACUCAUCCCCACCGUCAUCUGCCUCGGGUAUCGCCGGCUGCUGCGCCAUCGGCAGCCGCUGC